UCCCCACUUGCGACGUCAAAAAUCAUUAUCACACCGUGGCGAGAUGCAUAAGUCACCGCGUCCUACACAAGGUAUAAAAGGCGCGCAACCCUUCCACAGGUUAUUCAAUCGCUGAAGAACGCUCCAGCACACACCAUGACUACCAGAAAACUUAUUCUUGUGGCCGCUUUAUGUGCCGUCGUGGCCGUCGCUUUGGCUGCUGAAGAGACCAAGCCCGAGCAGGUCGCCGAACAGAGGACAUCUUCUGAUGACCUCCAGACCGCCGCUGCUGGCGAAGGACGCAGCUUCUUUGGUGGAGGAGGUUAUGGCGGUUACGGAGGAUACGGCGGUGGAUACGGAGGGUAUGGUGGAUACCCUGGCUACGGCGGCGGCGGCGGCUACUACAGACCCGGCGGUUAUGGUGGAUAUGGAGGUUACGGUGGAUACGGCGGCUACCCCGGCGGCUAUGGCGGCUAUGGAGGUUAUGGUGGAUACAGACCUGGAUACGGAGGAUACUACGACCGCCCGUACUAUGGCGGUGGAUACUACAGGCCGUUUGGUUAUUAUGGCGGAUAUUACGACCGUCCCUACCCCUAUUACGGAGACUAUUACAGAUUCAGGCCUGGCUAUGGUGGUGGCUACGGAUACAACGGAGGCUACCCCGGCUAUGGUGGUUACUACGGCAGGAGCGGCUAAAUGAGCCGAACAAGCAAAAUCUCAUCCUGGCCGGUUCUUUCCUGCCCUAUAUAUUUAUGCGCCGACAUCGAAAAAUACUUACAUCAUCUACACAAACGUUCAAACAGACUGGAAUGUAACAUUCAUUAAUAAAUUAUGAUCGUUUUGCAAAAUAA